ACUGCUUGUGGUUUGUGAGAAGUUCACACUUGAUUUUCACACACAGCGGCCCUCGACGUCACACGCACAUCAGCGUUUGACCUUCACCACGAGAGACAAACAGCAUUAUUGUGUGAAGUAUGCCAACAAGUAUAUCUGACAGAGAUCUCACAGGAACACUGACAUGAAUCUCUCACUGACACUUUCUGUGUUUCUGAUGUUGGUUGUAGUGGAGGGUUCGCUGUGUGUGGACAUUACAGUGACUGGAAAUGAAGGAGCUGAAGUUCAAAUCAAGUGUCCGUAUUCACAAGGAUUUGAAGAAUGUGGCAAGUAUUUCUACAAAGGCGUUUACAAAGACCGUGUCACUGUACUGUCCAGCGGAGAGAAGACCGUCAACGACAGAUUCUCAAUGCAGGACGACAAGAAAACCAGAACAUUCACAGUGACCAUCAGAAACUUGAUCAUGACAGAUGCCGGACCAUACGGCUGUGAAGCUUGGUGUGUGAUGAGUCGAGACUUUAAUCAAGUUCUUCUCAAGGUGAAUAAAGAUCUAGUGACCUCGUUUACCUCCAAACCUGCCUUUAGUUUCAUUUCUACCCCCAAAACACAAACCCCAUCACCAUCUCCAUCUAUAGACACCAUCACCGCCUGCACAUCCACAGGAAGUACUGAAGGCCCGCUCUCUCAGAUGGACUCUGACUCUCUUUCUGUUGCUGUCGGUCAGGUCGUGGUUCUGCUGGUUCUGCUGAUUCUGUGUGUUGGAUCGUUUCUGCUUCUAAAACUUUGGAGAAAAAAAUGUAGAACAGCUCUGCAUCAGCAAAACGAUCGGAAGAAUAGAGAGACUCGUCUGUGAUCAUCAUCAUCAUCAUUGUGUGUGUGCUUGUGAUUCUGAUCUUCACUGGACUGCUGUUAUUCAUUCUGCUUUACUGCAGGAGAUGUUCAGCUCGAGGUGAUGCACUGAAACAGAGUCACAAUGUCACGUUCACAUCUUGACCACAGACGGCAAUGUUAAUUUAAUUAACACACCAAAGAUCAGAUACAGAGAAAGAGGGCGUGCUCUGUCAAGAGUUCUGAUGGCAGAGAGUAAACGUGAGGACAGGAAACUGCUUGUGGUUUGUGAGAAGUUCACACUUGAUUUUCACACACAGCGGCCCUCGACGUCACACGCACAUCAGCGUUUGACCUUCACCACGAGAGACAAACAGCAUUAUUGUGUGAAGUAUGCCAACAAGUAUAUCUGACAGAGAUCUCUCAGGAACACAGACAUGAAUCUCUCACUGACACUUUCUGUGUUUCUGAUGUUGGGUAAGUCCAUCUUUCCUCGUUCUUUCAGUGGAAUUGUAUGGUAAAGUAAUAAAGGAGUAUAUUAUAAUGAAUCUAAUAAAGUCAACACCAGUGUGGUUGUGUAGUUGUAGUGGAGGGUUCGCUGUGUGUGGACAUUUCAGUGACUGGAAAUGAAGGAGCUGAAGUUCAAAUCAAGUGUCCGUAUUCACAAGGAUAUGAAGAAUGUGGCAAGUAUUUCUACAAAGGCGUUUACAAAGACAGUGUCACUAUACUGUCCAGCGGAGAGAAGACCGUCAACGACCGAUUCUCAAUGCAGGACGACAAGAAAACCAGAACAUUCACAGUGACCAUCAGAAACUUGAUCAUGGCAGAUGCCGGGCCAUACGGCUGUGAAGCUUGGUGUAUGAUGAGUCGAUACUUUAAUCAAGUUCUUCUCAAGGUGAAUAAAGUGCUCUUCAUAUCUGCCCCCAGAAAACAAACCCCAUCACCAUCUCCAUCUAUAGACACCACCACUGACUGCACAUCCACAGGUACA